AUGACGGUGGCCUUGGCACUCACGCUCUUGGUGCUGGCUGGAGUGCUAGAAGUGUCCAUGAGAGUGCAGCCGCCCUCGUGGAUGCAGCAGCGGCGCUCUCUAUUUGACAGCACCCCUGUCAGGGAGCACGUGCAGAGCUUCAGCACAGCACUGGGAGUGAUGCCUGCGGAUGAGAGCACCUCACGGCGCAAGCUGCAGGGGCGGGACCUGAAGUACAGCAUAUACACGGGGAUCGACCGCGCGUCGCGGGACCUGAGUCAGAUGCGCGAUCACAGCGCCAGCCGCCAGAUCGAGCACGCCCUUGAACGCGUGCGAUCCAUCGAAAAAGCCACCGGGACCCAGGUGCAGCCCACCUGGAUGAGGAGGGCUCUGGAGACCCUGCUGAACGAUUACCGGGCGAGGCAUGCGCAGUGCAUCAGCGGCGCGGCGAUGCCGGGAAAGUACGUCGUCAUGUCCAUGGUGGAUGACUACGCCGGCCUCGGCAACCAGUUCCCCAGCAUCGUCACAGGCUUUCUGAUUGCGCUGCUGACGGAGCGCUGCUUCUUCAUCGACUUCCCCUUUUUCCACCGCGCGUUCGCCCCCGACCUCGACUUCUCUUGGGCCGCGCAUCCGCAGCGCCUGGCCGCCUUCGGCCACGACGUGAACGUUAGUCAGCCGUUCGAAAUCAAAUUCUGGAAGGGCGAGGACCUCAACACCUGGCUCAUGCAAGACCAAAAGGCCUUCUACGACGCGCACUACGGGAUUGUGCUGAAGAAUGACCCGGACUAUUCUGCGGCACUGCUGCAAGCCAACCCUUACCACGCCCCUUUCCUGCGCAACAUCUUCCCCACCGGGGAGAUGUUCCAGCCGCUCGCCCACUUCCUCUUGAAGGUGAGGCCGGAGCUGGAGGCGCAGGUGCAGGACUUCAAGCGCAAGCACUUCCGCCAGGUCACCAUCGGCAUGCAGAUCAGGCGGCUGAAGUGCGACGGGAACGAGGGCAGCAUCCACUGCGACCAGCUGCCGGCCGUGGAGAACUUUGUCGCGGCGGCGCGUGCUCUGCAGGCGGCGCGCGGACUGGACGACUCCGAAGUCCGCUUCUUUGUCGGGGCUGAUCAGCCAGAAUCCUACCAGAAGGUAGUGCAGCUGCUGGGCCAGGACAUGGUGGUGUUCAGAAAAGACAACGGGGUGGGCCAGGUCAGCAGUAAAGUGAUCGGGGUCAAUAACCCCGGGACGCCGGAAUCGGCGCUGAUUGACAUGCGGCUGCUGAGCGAGUGCAACGAGUUAGUCAUCACCGUGGGGUCCUCCUACGGGUCGGUGGCCGCCGCCUGGGGAGGCAUCGCCCCCGUGCAGAUGCUGCACGGCCUCCACCAAAACGUGCAGAACCCGUACUGGUACAAGGCAAUAACUAGCGAGCCCUGCUACUGGAAGGGCAACAUCUUCUUGAACAACAAGGACCCCUACUGGGGCAAAUUGGGCCCCAAUGAGACCGCCCAGUUCAAGAAGAACCCCUUUUGGAUGCAGUAUGUUCAGUGCCACUGUGCCACCUGA